AUGGCGAGACGCAUCUCAUGGGAAGAUAAGGGAAAGGCGAGAGUCGCAGAACACGCACCACCUCGACUGAGGGUCAAAGCUCCACAUCUUGACACCACCAGCCUCGUCAACAAGCACAAGCUUACUCUGAUUGGCAGGCUCACGAACCCGCAUGAACAAAGGCUGAGCAACAUGAUACCUUAUCUCAUCCGGAAAUGGACCCUGAAGGGGAACGUAACAGGGUCAGAUCUUGGAAGAGACUGUUUCCAGUUCAUGUUCGAACUAGCGGAAGACAUGGAGAAGGUCCUGUCAAACCGACCCUACCACUACGAACGAUGGAUGCUGAUAAUACAAAGAUGGGAACCAAUAAUCUCACCAACAUUCCCAGCUUUCAUCCCCUUCUGGAUCGAACUUAAAGGGAUCCCGCUACACUACUGGCAGAAAUAUCUACUCUACAGUAUUGGAGAAGAGCUGGGAGGUAUGAUAAAACACGAGAUAACCUCUACAACGGCGAAGAUAAAGGUGCACAUUAAUGGGCUCCAACCACUGGUGAAGGAGACAGUCAUAGAGUACGAGAGCGGUGAGGAGUCCAUAGUAACCCUAGAGUACGAAAAUAUGGAGAACCACUGUCGCAUCUGCCACAGACUCACACAUGACACCUACAACUGCCAAGAGGAAAGAGAGACGGUCAAAGAACCAGAUCCACGAGGGAGAUACGCGGAAAAGAGAUACGAAGAAAGAAACGAAAGAGAGAGAGAGUUCCACCAGAGACAUGACCGAUGCGGUAAACCGUUUGGAGACAGAGCCCAGCCACUCAGGACUAGGGAGACUGGAGACCUAAGGCAAACACUGAGAAACAGAGAAGAGGAACGCAGGAGGCAGCGGACCCCGACACAGAUCUGGAGGGAGACGGGUAGAAGAAGGGAGAGAUCACCACCGGCAAGAGAAGACUCUGGGACGCCAACAAACAUUCAUCCAACGCUGGAAAGAGCUCUUGACUUCACGGGGAUUCCGGUACCGCCACGGGUACCCACAGAAGAGGAGGUCAUGGCAGAUCUCCAGGAUGUAACCAUUCGCUACGUAAACUGUGGCGACCCGGUGGAAAGUGAGGCACGCAGACAAAGAGUCUUACAAGGAGAAAUGGAAGGGCUUAUGGCGAACACGGCGGCGAGAAUCGUAGCAGCAGCAACCACAACGGCUCAGGCUCAAACUCCCCAGACGGGACCCCAACAAAUGCCGCUCCAACUCCUAGACAACGAGACAGCGUUUGAAGGAGAAAGUCCAACACCGGUACCUGCCGCAAAGAGAAGAGGAAGACCACCGCUUGUAAAGAAAAAACUUGGGAAAAGCCCGAUGUGCUUCAAAGGGACAAGCUUAAUGAAGAGGAAGAUAUGCCAAGUUCAGAACUCACCACGCCAGAGGACGGCUCAGAAUAUCCAGACUACCAAUACGCGAGCGUCCACAAGUAGAGUCACUACCCCACGGCAACAAGCAAUAGCAGGCGCAAUACCGGAUGGGAACAAUACACAAGGGCAACGACACUCUGGCAAUUCUACCACUGCGGCAGACGCAAGACCAAGUGGAAGACUGCCGGUGACACCAGCAAACAAUGGGAGAGUGGUGGAUUUUCAGAAUCCAUCGCAUCCUCUUCCUUAA